CUCCAGCACAGAAUUCCCCAAACCACCGAAUUCCUUCAAAAAUGCUGAAACAGUUGAACUGUUUUCCUGCCAUUGAUAGUGAUAGACGUCCAAUCACCCUUGAGUUUAUCAGUAGAAGUCAACGUUCAUUCGAUGUCAACCCUCCCACUGCAAAUGGGAUGGACGUCUAGCACCGUCAUUGGCGGUCAGUGAGUUUAUUUAUCAAAGCGUUAUCAUGAUUAUUGUAUUAUUUUUUUUAAAUGCGUUUAUUUUGUUCGACUGUUUUAGCCAACGCCAUAGUAAGCGAUUCAAAUGUUCGGUCCACUGCGCGUGCGCAUAACAGUUGACGGUAGCUUGGUCGGACGUGCUUAGCUUCGAAGUUGGAACAAAAACACACGUUUGCUUGGCCAAAAUCAAGCGCGGGUGGUGCACAUUUAGGUCGGUAUCUGCUGCAAAAGUCAAGCGAAAAAUGGAAGAGGGAUUGCGACGACGUCAACCACGGGAAGCUGAUGGCCGAAGGCCUCAACGCGGUGAUCAAAAGGUGCUCCUCGCAGAAGACAUCUAUGAAGAUCUUCAUCUUGGGCAGCAGGAGGCGCUGCAAACACCCAACGUCAGCGAGACUGACCACGAUGGAGACCAUUGCAAAGCGUCCAAAUUAGACAGCCUCUUAGCGCCACUAUCCGAUAGCGAUGACGUCACCUCACAAUCUCCAAAUGACGAUGGUCAACAUUCUAAAAGGACUCCUCGCACAGGCAGCGAACACGUCAAGUGCUCUCAGUGCCACAAAACCUUUUUCAACAAGUCAUCGUUGAAAAGACACACCAGAACGCACACCGGGGAGAAACCUUUUGCCUGCUCGCAAUGCCAUAAAAGAUUUGCCAUAAAAGGACAUUUGAGGAUACACGGGAGGACGCACACCGGGGAGAAACCUUUCGCGUGUUCCUCGUGCGGUGUUAAAUUCGCCCAAAAGGUGACGUUAACAAAUCACGCGAGAACUCAUACUGGGGAGAAACGUUUCGCCUGCUCCACGUGCGGUCAACGAUUCUCAGGAAAGAGACAUUUGGUGGCGCACACGCGGAGGCACACCGGGGAGAAACCUUUUGUCUGUUCGGUUUGCGGGAAAAGUUUCUCUGUAAACGUUCAUUUGAGAACCCACGCGAGAACGCACACCGGUGAAAGACCUUUUUCGUGUACGCUCUGCGGGCUGAGAUUCACGCAAAAGAUUAGCUUAACCAAUCACGUAAGAACGCACACCGGAGAAAAGCCUUUUGAAUGCACUUUUUGCGGGAAACGAUUCGCCACGAAGGGACAUUUGAAAACGCACGAGAGGAUGCACACCGGAGAGAAACCGUUCGCCUGCUUAUUUUGCGGCAAAGCCUUCUCCACCGGCGGGCAUUUAAGGAUCCACGUGAGAACGCACACCGGGGAAAAACCUUUGGACUGCUCGGCGUGCGGCUUGAGUUUCCGCGAUCAUUCGGGUUUGGCGAAACACGCGAGAUCGCACGCUGAGGAGAAAGGCUUAUUAUGAGAGUGUACGUGAUGCCUAAUAAAAAUGGACUGUUCACACACAUCAAUUUUUUUUAAUUUAAAAAAUAUAUAAGCAGAUUCAGGGUGUACCAUGCCCAUGGUUAGCUCAGCUGGAAUAGAAUCCAGCACUGCUGCGACCCUUGUGAGGAUAAGCAGCUUGGAAGGUGAAGGAUUUUCAUUUCACGGGUGGGUGUAUAUUGGCCAUGUGCCGGUAUGAGAUUCUGCUGGUAUGAAAACCUUGAGCCAAAAUUUCACUGUAUCACGGUAUUGCAAUUAUGGCUCUAAAGUGUGUUACUUUUAGCUAUCUGGGUUAAAAACACUUUUUUCCAUUCAACUAAAUUUUUCGUUUUCACAAUAGAUUGGCAAAUUGGAACAUAAGUAUAAUGUUAAGUUAAAACAAGAGUUAACUCUCACAGCUGGUGGGAAAGUUUCAUGACAGUGUUUACCAACCUUUAAUUAUGUAUAAAUGCGAAAUCAUAUUGGAGGUAUCGCCUUCUCUGCAGCCACCCUCCGGAAAAAUGUUUUACGUAUCGGUUGGCCUUCUUCCUCUAGGCCGCGGCCGUCUGUAACUUUUCUGUAGCUCUAGUAUUCCCAUACCGGCGAUUUCGUUUUCUUCGAUGGGGGGAAAAAGGUUCAGGAGUUUCACCUCCUCUAGUCAUCGUGGAGCACGGCUGACUCGCACUGAGCGACAACUGGUUCGGGAGGGCUGAGCCUUGCAGCUUAGCGAUGGAUUUCCCCCUCCCUUUUUGGGUUAUAAAAAUAGCUAAUAAUAUCUAGUAAUAUCGUAGGGAUGGUAUGACGGAAUUUUUUUGUGCUUUUGAAACCGUGACGUUUUCAAACCACGGUAUAACUUAAAACCGGUCAUCGGCAUAUGUCUAGUGAAUAGACAUAUAUAAACAGACCCAGGCCCGGAGUGACUAAUCGGGAGACUCUGGACGAUUCCAGAAGGGCAGGCCGGCCGGCCAGAU